CCAGAGCUCCAGUUACCACCCCGCACGCCCUCCGCCGCGGAGUGCGCGGUGCAGCUGGGGAGCGCCGCGGCCCCUUUAAGAGCCCGGCCCAGGUCGGCCCGGGGGCCGCGGGAGCCGAGUGCGGCGCGCCGCGGAGGAGUUGGGAUCCGGCGCAAAAGUUUCCUCCCAACUUCGGCCCCGCGCGUUGCGCCGCCGCCGCCCAUUGCAGCCCAGGGCCUGGAGCCGGGCCGGUAGUUUCUCUUUGGCGUGCACGGAGCAGUCGUCUCGGCUGGGCCCGAGCAGAAACAGGAGGGGGAGCGGGCCGCGGAGCUGGCGCGUCCCGGGCCUCCAGCCACCUGGGAGGUAGUCCUUCCCGCAGCCGCUGGGCUCCCCCAUUCCCGCCCGCCCUCCCUCCUGCCCGCGGCCGCCUGCCCGGGGGGAAGGGGCGCUGCUGCGAGCCUCCGGCCCUGAGGGGCCAUAGAGGGGAGACGCCCCGGGGCUCCGGGCCCGCGCGCCGGGAGCCCCCUAAGAGUGGAGACUGCGCCCGCGGGACCAAACACCUGUUCGGCUCGGCCCGGCGUGGUCGCCCGCGGCCAGGAUGAAAGUGACCGUGUGCUUCGGGAGGACCGGCAUCGUGGUGCCCUGCAAGGAGGGCCAGCUGCGCGUCCGGGAGCUCACGCAGCAAGCGCUGCAGCGGUACCUGAAGACCCGGGAGAAGGAUCCUGGUUACUGGGUGAAGAUUCAUCACUUAGAAUACACAGAUGGAGGAAUCUUGGAUCCAGAUGAUGUCUUGGCAGAUGUCGUUGAAGACAAAGAUAAGCUGAUUGCUGUGUUUGAUGAACAAGAACCACUUCACAAGAUUGAGAGCCCUGGUGGAAACCCAGCUGAUCGGCAGAGCCCAGAUGCUUUUGAGACGGAAGUGGCUGCCCAGCUGGCUGCAUUUAAACCAGUUGGUGGGGAAAUUGAAGUAACUCCUUCUGCUCUGAAAUUAGGCACUCCCCUGUUGGUUAGGAGAAGCAGUGACCCACCUCCAGGCCCACCUGCCGACAUCCAGCCAAGCGCUUCACACCCCAGUGGUCAGAGUCUGAAACCUGUUGUUCCUGAUUCCUUACAAAGCUUGGAAGAUGGAGAAGUUAUGAAUGAUGUACAGACAGAGCUACUGCCAUCACCAAAAGCUAAGGAUGCAUUGAGUGAUAUGACAAGAACAGUGGAGAUUUCUGGGGAAGGGGGCCCCUUAGGAAUACAUGUAGUACCCUUCUUUUCAUCUCUGAGUGGAAGGAUUCUAGGACUCUUCAUCCGCGGCAUUGAAGAAAACAGCAGGUCCAAGAGGGAGGGACUAUUUCAUGAAAAUGAAUGUAUUGUAAAAAUCAACAGUGUGGAUCUCGUAGACAAAACCUUUGCUCAGGCUCAAGAUGUCUUCCGUCAGGCAAUGAAGUCCCCAAAUGUGCUCCUCCAUGUGCUUCCACCUCAAAACCGUGAGCAAUAUGAAAAAUCAGUCAUUGGAUCUCUUAACAUUUUUGGUAACAAUGAUAGUGUUUUGAGAACAAAGUUGCCACCUCCUGUUCAUGGAAAAUCAGGAAUAAGGACAGUAAAUCUGACAGGAACAAGUAGUCCCGAAGUAGAUGAAUCAGCUUCCCUGCAACCAAGCAAGAGCCCCCGAGUACCAAGACUAGGAAGAAAGCCUUCUUCUCCAUCACUCUCCCCUCUCAUGGGGUUUGGCAGCAAGAAAAAUGCAAAGAAAAUUAAGAUUGACCUAAAGAAAGGUCCAGAAGGACUUGGUUUCACUGUGGUUACCAGAGACUCUUCCAUUCAUGGCCCUGGUCCCAUUUUUGUGAAAAACAUUUUACCAAAAGGAGCAGCAAUAAAAGAUGGCCGCCUGCAAUCGGGAGACAGAAUUUUGGAGGUAAACGGCAGAGACGUCACUGGCCGAACACAGGAGGAGCUUGUGGCCAUGCUGAGGAGCACCAAGCAGGGAGAAACGGCAUCACUGGUCAUCGCCCGCCAAGAUGGCACUUUCCUGCCCCGAGAACUGAAAGGAGAACCUGGCUGCUAUGCAUUCUCCCUGGAGACAACAGAGCAACUCACCUUCGAGAUCCCCCUAAAUGAUUCAGGUUCAGCUGGUCUUGGGGUGAGCUUGAAAGGGAACAAAUCCCGAGACACUGGAAUGGACUUGGGGAUUUUUAUAAAAUCCAUCAUCCAUGGAGGUGCUGCUUUUAAGGAUGGUCGUCUGAGAAUGAAUGACCAGCUGAUUGCAGUUAAUGGAGAAUCUCUUUUGGGAAAAUCCAACCAUGAAGCUAUGGAAACACUUAGGCGAUCGAUGUCCAUGGAAGGAAACAUACGAGGGAUGAUCCAGUUGGUGAUUCUGAGGAGGCCAGAGAGACCGAUGGAGGAGCCUGCAGAGUGUGGGGUGUUUUCCAAGCCAGGCUUUGAGAACUGUCAAAACUCUGUAACCACCUCCAGGAGAAAUGGUAGCAGUACACUGCAUCCUUCUGGCACUUACAGUCCACAGGACAGACGGAAAGAGCUAUUGCUUCUCAAUGACAGAUGGGCUGAGAGUGAAGUAGCACCUUCCCCCCCACCACAUCCUGUUCUGGAAUUGGGCCUUGAAGAUUACAGCCACAGCUCUGGAGCGGACUCCGCGGUCUGUUUUACAGAUGAGCACAUCAACUUCAGAUCUGUGACACCAGCCAGGCAGCCUGAAUCAAUUAGCCUGAAAGCCUCAAAGAGCAUGGACCUUGUGCCAGAUGAAAGCAAAGUCAAUUCAUUGGCUGGACACAAAUCAGAAUCUCCAAGCAAAGAUUUCGGUCCAACUCUGGGUUUGAAAAAGUCCAGUUCCUUGGAGAGCCUGCAGACUGCUGUCGCCGAAGUCAGGAAGAAUGAGCUCCCCUUCCACAGGCCCCGGCCACAUAUGGUCCGUGGUCGUGGCUGCAAUGAGAGCUUCAGAGCGGCCAUUGACAAAUCUUAUGAUGGACCCGAAGAAUUAGAAGCUGAUGGUUUGUCUGAUAAGAGCUCUCACUCUGGCCAAGGAGCUCUGAAUUGUGAAUUUGCUCCUCAGGGGAAAUCUGAGCUUGAGGACCUGGAAAAUAAAACCAGGAAAGUCAAAAAAACAAAAGAAAAGGGGAAGAAAAAGGAAAAGGGCAAAUUGAAAGUCAAGGAGAAAAAGCAAAAAGAGGAAAAUGAAGAUCCAGAAAGAAAACUCAAGAAGAAGGGAUUUGGUGCCAUGCUGAGAUUUGGAAAAAAGAAAGAUGAUAAGGAUGGGAAGGCUGAGCAGAAAGGUGCCCUGAAGCAUGGUGGCCUGAGAGAAGAGGAGCUGGAAAAAAUGAAAGAACGUGAAAGGGUUGGAGCGAAACAUCAGGAGCUAAGGGAAAAGCAAGCAAGAGACCUUGUUGAUUAUGCUGCAGGUGGAAUUGGAUCAAUGCAUGAUAUGGACGAUGAUGAAAUGGACCCUAAUUAUGCCAGAGUGAACCACUUCCGGGAACCGUGUGCAUCAGCAAGUAUCUAUAGUUCUCCAUCUCUCCCUCGGGCUGGACCGCUGAGUUACCCACGGGAUGGCCGUCCAUUGUCUCCAGAGAGAGACCACUUAGAGGGUCUCUAUGCUAAGGUCAACAAGUCAUACCACCCUCCAGCUCCAGCUGACAGUGGCCGUCCCACAGGUGGAAGCACAGACCGCAUCCAGAUGUUGCGGAAGGAGUAUUACCAAGCUCGGAGGGAAGGUUUCCCUUUAUAUGAAGAUGAUGAAGGAAGAGCAAGGCCAUCUGAUUAUGACCUUCACUGGGUGUCUGGAAAGAGUCCAGGUGGGAAUGCCCACAACCUCAGCUUCGAGGGGCUGGAGAGACAGUAUGCCUCCUUACCCAGGGGAGGACCUGUGGAUCCUGUAGACUAUCUGACAGCUGGACCUCGAGGACUCUACAAGGAAAGGGAGCUUCCUUAUUACCCAGGGGCUCACCCUGUGCAUCCUCCCAAAGGGACCUAUCCCCUGCCCCCAGAGCUGAGGGUCACAGAUCUCCGGUAUCCUCAGUACUACCCACCUCCGCCAGCCCCCCAGCACAAAGGACCCUUCCGACAAGAUGUCCCGCCUUCCCCUCCUCAGCACCACAGAAUGCCAGCCUACCCGGAAAUGGGGAGGCCAGGGCCCCGAGGGGGCAGCCCAGACCAGUACCCCUACAGAGCUCAGGCCCCCCGGCAGAAGAGCCCCAUGACUGCAGCCGUAUAGCUGAGCCCACUGGGAGCAACCCAGGCCAGAGAGGAAGGCUCUGCCACCACCUCGGCUCCUCUAGACCUUAAAACUUCUGCCUGCUAAGAAUUCUCCGUGGUACAGAUUAGGGUUUUCUCACUGCGGUUAUAACACUUGAAUGUUAAUCAGAGGGAAAAGGAAAGG